AUGUUCCAUUUCGGCUAUCCGUUCGAUUACGCCGUUCCAGCGCGACGCGCCCCCUCGCGCGGCCCAACCGAACAGUCGCAGGUCCAGUCGCGUGGCCGCGCAGCAGAUCAGACUACUCAAGCUCGUCCGCGCAUGCCCUCGCGUAGCCGCACGAGCAACAGCUUCAUGCAUAUUGGCUAUCCGUUUGACUAUGCUGUGCCAGCUCCAAACCGCCGCCCAGACACAGCAAAUGAAGACAGUACUACGACACGCCUUUCUGCUUCGGCCCGCCGCUACAAGGAAAUGCCACCAGAUCCUGGCUAUGUCGACCGAUCGGUGACACAGUCGACUCGUGGUCGCAGCAAGACGCGAUCUAGACCAGACAGCACGACGACGAUGGCAGAAAGCUACGGCGGAGGUCACGGUCGGGCUGCUAUGCAGUAUCACUCGGACGAUAGGAGGAGAUCGAGGUCGCGCAAUCGAGAGACCCGAUAUGGCAAAGAACCAUUUCUGAACAUGUUUGCGGGAGAGCAUCUGGUCGAGGCAAAGACUGGUGAUGGCCGUUCUCGCUCGCGUUCUCGCCUGCGUCCCCGUCCCAACCUCUACCAGGACGCCUAUCCAGACUUGCUUGAUGUCGCUCGUGGGCCACAAUUUUUAUUUCAGCACAAGGGAAACACACCAGCUGCAGACGCCACUACUUCUCGCCGCCAUUCUCGGUCUCGCCAGUUGCGCGCUGCUCGGUCGCCAUCGCGCUCCGUACAGGCCGACUUGCUUGCCGCAUCUCGUCCUGACCUCUUCGAGCGUCAGGCUGACUUGAAGGAGGUUCGCCCGGCACAACGCAAGCGUCGCAACGCGAGCAGUCAUCGUUUCGACGACGAAAUGUGGCGUGCAUCUCGUCCAGAUCUCGUCGACAGUGUGGAAGAGGCUGAGCGUAAUCGUCGCCGUUACGAGAACGACAUGUUCCAGGCUGGCCGACCAGACCUGUUUCGCCAGCAUGGACUCUCUCGCACGCCUGGUGGCCGUAAUGUCGACUACUACCGCCCAGGUGGAGGAUAUUAG